AUGGUUGAAAAUACAGAGGUGGUAGAAGAGAAAGAGAGUGAUGAAGAGGCUCAGAAGGACGAUAGAGGUUCUGAGGAAGAGACAGAACCUGAACCUGAAGCAGAAGCUGAAGAAGACAAAGAAAAAGAUGUUGAAACAGAGGCUCGGGUUGAGGUUCAAGAUGAGGUUGAGAUGAAUGAAGCCAAUGAAAAAAUACCUGAGAAAGAGCCUGAUGAGGUUCAAGAUGAGGUUGAGAUGAAUGAAGCCAAUGAAAAAAUACCUGAGAAAGAGCCUGAUGAGGUUCAAGAUGAGGUUGAGAUGAAUGAAGCCAAUGAAAAAAUACCUGAGAAAGAGCCUGAUGAGGUUCAAGAUGAGGUUGAGAUGAAUGAAGCCAAUGAAAAAAUACCUGAGAAAGAGCCUGAUGAGGUUCAAGAUGAGGUUGAGAUGAAUGAAGCCAAUGAAAAAAUACCUGAGAAAGCUCGGGUUGAGGUUCAAGAUGAGGUUGAGAUGAAUGAAGCCAAUGAAAAAAUACCUGAGAAAGAGCCUGAUGAGGUUCAAGAUGAGGUUGAGAUGAAUGAAGCCAAUGAGAUUGAAGAAGAGGUUGAAAUAGAGGCUCGGGUUGAAGUUGAAACCGAGAAAACUCCUACACCACCACGUGGUAGGACUAAGGCAGCAGCCGCGAGGAGACAAGUCCUUACAACACCAGAGAAGUUGUUCGAAAAGGCUGAAAAAAUUGUGGAGGAAGAGGUGGAAGAACCUGAGGAAGAGGUGGAAGAACCUGAGGAAGAGGCUAAAGAAAUGGUGGAGGAUGAGGUGGAAGAACCCAAGAAAGAGACUGAAAAAUAUACUGAGGAAGAAAAGUAA